AUGUUCAGUGACGUGGAACUUCUGGCCGUCUCCCUCAGCCCUGGCGUUGGGCUUGCAUCCGGUCUGACAUUUGACCUUUGCACUCUCGUGCCACGGUCACACCCAGAGCAGCUGCCCUUGAGCCGGCAGAGAAGCCCCGCAGCUCCCGCUGUGCGUGCAGGCUGCCAGGCCCGAGCCCAGCGAGGCCACGUGGCCACGGAAGUGGCUGAGGAAUUUGAAAAUUGCGUGACUCAGUACAUGAAGGUGAUCAACUUCGCAAAAGGGGAGCCAAGGUAUCACUUCCUGGUGUUCAACGCCUCAGUCCUCUACUGGCAGAUGGCGAGGCCUUUUCUCAAGCCUGGAUACUCUCACCAUCUGAUCGCCAGCCUCGCCCAGAUCGUUAACGUGUUAAAUCAGUCGGAGGAGGAGGACAAGGAGUGGCGGGCGGAGCUGAUGCUGGAGCUGCUGGACUGCUACCUCCACGCUGGCAGAAGGGACGAGGCCACGAGGCUGUGUGCCACGGCGGCACCCUUCAUAAAGGCCCACGUGCCCCACCGGUACCGUCAGGUGUUCGCCGUCAUGGUGGAACAUGAACUGAUGGACGCGCUUCAGUUACAGGCAGAAAAGAAAACCUCCGUUAGCCUUUCCGUCACUUUCCACAUGAACGUGCUGAAGGCAAAAUUGGAUAAAAAUGAUUUACCUGAAGACGUCAACACAAUUCUGAAGAAGACGUAUGCGAAGUUAGGUUAUCACGAUCACCAGCUCUCCCCUUCCAUCAGAGAGGAAAAAAUCCUUUUGCUUUUCGAAUUAGCUCAUCUUUCUUUGACCUUGAAAUGUGAGGAGGUCUCCUCCAGCUGCCUCUCAGACUUGAAGAAAAUUGACAGCAAAGACCCUGGGACGCUGAUUGGAAUUGAAUGUCUGGAGUGUGAAUUAGAAGCCCUGAGACUGGAAAAGAAAGUCAGAGCCUACACACGAGCGGCCGUGGAGACGCAGCUGAGCAUGACGCAGAGACUGGACGUCGCACUCCAGCGAGCCGCCUGCCUGGGCGACCCCCGGGUCAUCCAGGUGGUGAGCACCACCCAGUGGAACCUAUGCCUCCCGUUGCUGCAGCACAACCUGCGGCGUCACCUGCGGAAGCCGCUGACCAACAUCGCGGACAUCCUGGAGAAAGUGGACAGCCUCCUGGUGCUGCUGCGCUGCCAGGUGCAUAUGGAGCUGGCGCACAUCGAUGAGGACGAGGACCGGCUGGAGCUGGCCGUGGAGCACCUGCGCAAGGCCAUGCUGCUGGACGGCCGCGGCCUCUACCGGGAGGAGCUCGGCACGGCCCUGAACCGGCUGCGUCUCUGCACCUCGCUGUACCAGAGCCCCGAGCGUGCCGAGGAUAAGGCCAUCAUGGCUGUCGAGCAGGCCAAGAAAGCUGUCCCCAAGGACAGCGUCCGGAAGAAGCGGGCGCUGCUGGUGAACGCGGGCCUGGCCCUGGCCCCCGACACCUUCCAGAUCGUGCUCGACAGCGAGAACGAGGCCAAAGUUUUCACCGGGAAAAACCGGGGCCGCUUCAGCUACCUGUUUGCGAAGGCGCGUCACCACACCAUCAGCGUGGACAAGGCUGCCGGGCACUUGCGGCGCUUGGGGAAUGAGAAUGACACGGAGAGGAUACAGAUUUGGGCAGAGCUCGCCAAGGUCGCCCGGAAGCAAGGCGUGUGGGACGUGUGCCGGGCAGCAAGCCGCUUCUGUCUGCUGUACGACAGAGUCAACACGAAGAAGCCGUUGCGGUUGAAGAAAGGAAGGAAGAGGCGAGACAAGGACGCCACGGGCCAGCCGGAGGGUCUGCUACAGCAGCCGCUGCCCCCGGCGCUGCUGCGGAAACUCGCGGAGGUGGGCUUCAUCAGCGCCGAGGCUACCGUCCACUUGCUGAAGUCAGAAGGUGUACAGCUAAAUGACCGUCCUAACCCCCCUGAGGACUUGAGCCAGCACUCGGCCGGCUACAUGCCCGAGUCCCCAGAGGAGAACUCGGAGUGGGACGUCUAUAGCGACGCCCUCAUGUUGGUGAUGCUCUGCGAUGCUUUGGCUCGCGGCUUGAUUAUCAGCUGGAUUCCAACGCAGAUGCCAGAAAAAUCCCGGAAACUCAUGCGACCAAACCUGUCUCAUACACCACUGGACUCAGGGGCCGCCUCUGAAGUCAGAGCUGCAGUGGAGGUCUGCGAGUUCGCCCUGAGCCUGACCAGCAAGGCAGUGCCCGAGGAGGCCGUGCCCACGGAAGCGCGGCAUCAGCUCAUCGCCACCUGGGUGAAGGCCAAGCAACUGCUGCAGCAGCAGAUCGGGCCGCGGCUGGGCACAGACGAGCAGAGCACCAGUGAGGACGUCAGCUCAGUGACCAGAGUCCUUGUUGCUCUGGAGAUGUAUUCCUGCAACGGGCUGGGCCUCAUGGACUUCACCGUGCCCCCCUUGGCCCAGCUCGUGAAGAUGGCCUCCGAGUGCAGCUGGCCAGACCCCCUGGUGGAACUGCAGACCCUGAUGCGUCUGGCCCACUUCGCCUACGCGGCCCACGACCACGAGCUCACCAUGGCGUGCUCGGAGAAAGCCAUCCAGAUGGGCGUUAGGUCCCUGAGGACGUUCAGUCGCACCAUCCAGAGGAUCGUCAGCAUCAUCAACAAGACGGAAGCGAAAAAGCAGGAAAAAGGAAACGUGCAGCUUCUGCAUCAGUGGCCAACAGCGGACUUCCAGAACGGAGGAGCCACUGAUGGGUCUUUCCUCCCAGAGGCUGAGGAUGACCUGACACUGCGGGCUGCGCUCUACGGGGCGCUCUUCCACUGCCACGCUGACCUCAGUGACUGGGAGGGCGGCCUCAAGGUGCUGGGCGAGGCGGCACAGGUGCUGCCUCGGACGGUGCACCGCCUCUUGAUUUUCAAACAUAUGGUCAUUGUGAAGGCCAAACUCGGCCAGAAUUUCACGAUGGAGAUACAGAAAUUCAAAGACGAGAGUGAGGACUACUUGGCGCACAUGUGGCACCGCCUGGCCUGCAACUCCAAGAACGUCUCGGGGGAGUUGACCUGCUAUCAUAACGCAAUUCAGGCCUUACAGAAGCCAGAGAGUGAGUGGCAGAAAGUUGACUACAUCAUGGAGUUCAGCGAGUGGCUGUAUCACAGACAGUUCCCCAUCGAGGAUGUGGCCUUCCACCUGAACUGGGCGAUCGACAUCCUCCUGGGAAUGAAAGCCGCUGGGGGCACACCUGAGCCAGCAGGGGGGCACUCGCCCACACUCGCUCCCGAGAGUCCGGUGUCGGAGGACGCAGGGACAGUCUCCUUGGAGAAGCUGCAAAACGUGAGGCAGUUGGAAGCGCUGGCCCGCGCCUACACCCUGCUGGCCCUGACAGCGUCCCCAGGCGAGGCUGGCUACGAGGACCACUGCCUCAUGGCCUACGCCUUCCUCAGGCGCAUCUGGCAGGUUUCUUUAGUAACAGCAAGAAAAUCCAUUUCAGAAAGUAGAAUUCCAGCAGCAGCUAGUUCGAAUUUAUUGUUGCCUAAAAAAGAAAAGGAGAGAGGCAAGGGCAAGGCCAGAGAGAAGAGCAAAGACUCGAAGCAGUGUCCGGCCCCGGUUCCCAGCACAGAACGAGGGGCUUUACCAGCCAGCGUGGAAGAGUGGGCUUCCUAUUCCUGCCCGGAAGAGGUGAUGGCUGUCUUCAGACAAGACACGAGUGAGUUCACCAUCAACCCAUCCAGCAUCCAGUGGCCGACGUACAGCCUGUAUUUCCUGGACCAGCUGGUCAGGUGCCUGCAGAAGCUGUCCCUUCACGAGCUCGCGGUCUCGGUGCUGCAGCUAGCUGUGCUGAUCUCCGCCUCUGUGGUAGGCAGCAAGAGCCUGGAAGACCUCUACCACCUCCGACUUGCCCUGCUUUGUUCCGACUUGGGGCUGAGAGAAGCAGCUGCUCUCCAUGAAGAAGUGGUCGGACAAGCCUACAUCGGUGACACGGAGCAGGCGAGCUGCAGAAAAGAAAUUGCCUUGAAAAAGGAGAAGAAUAGGGAACCACGGUUAGAAGAAAGCCUGCCGACACUGAAUGAGCUUGUGACUGCCGUCCAGCCGGCAGAGAUGCAGGUCCUGGUGGCGAAAGACAAGGUUUUGAAGAUAAACCAAGCGACUGGGAGAGACCUGGCUGGUACAUCGUUUCCCCAGCUGUGGACCCUCAAAGCAGAGGUGCUGCUGGACAUGGAGCAGUACCAGCCGGCGAGGCUGCUCCUGUCGGAGGCGUGCCAGGCCUUCCAGGAGCUUGACGAUCCUUGUGCAGAAGCCAAGUGCCUGCUCCUUCUAGCACAACUGGCCAACAAGGAGAAGAACUGCGGACUAGCCAGGAAGCUGGCUGAGCGGGCCCAGCGGCUGGGGGGCGGCGAGGAGUUUUGGUACAGCUCCACGCUGACCCUGGGAGAGGCCCUCUUGUCUACGGAGAGCCAGGGGAGAGAAGUGGUCUGCCAGCUCUUCCAAAAGCUCAUCGAGACCUUCACGGUUCUCCAGAAAGAAAGACCAAACCGAGCACCCAUGCUGGAAUUCAUGACCACGGAUCUAGAAGCCAGGUGCGUGAGCCUCCGGAUCCAGGCAGCUCGCGAGUCCGCGGCCGGGGAGGCUCCCCGGUGCCGGGUCCUGCUAACCGAGAUGGAUGGCUGCUUGGUAGAAAUUGAGAGAAAGUUUAUCAGCUGUGGCUACAAAGAGAACUGUGCGGCUAUCAAACUGGAACGUGCGAAUAUCAAGAGGUUAUGUGCCCGAAGUGAGCCGGAUGAGGAGCAGAGGACGGCGUGUUACCUGGAGGCCUGCAGCCUGGCCCAGAGAGCCGUGGCUGAGGUGGAAGAGCUGUUCCACAGCGUCCAGGGCCUCCUGUCCCCUCGAGAUUUGCAGACCGUCAACACACCUCUGAUGAGGAAGCUGGCACACGUGAAGCUCAGUCUGGUGGAGGUGUGUCUGGACACAGCCCAGCUCGCCUGGCAGGAGAGCCUGGAGCAGCGGUUAGAACAGAGCUCUGCAGACAAGCUGCUGGCCGCCUACCUGCAGAGCAUGAGUGACUACACCCCCCUUGGCCUGGAAUGGUUCACGCUGAAGCGGACCCUGGCCCACACGGCGCUGGCACAGCUGGGGAGCCUGCUGCCGCUCUGCGGCGGCUCCGCGGAGACCCGCGCGCGGCUCCUGGGCCUGGCGGGGAAGGCGCUCCACCUGCUGGCCACGCGCAGGGACCCUGUGCAGCCCUCGACCUGGCAGGAGAGCCUCGUGGCGGGUGCUGAGCUGAGCAGUCUCAAGUGUCUGGAGAUCGUCCAAGAUGAGGGUGACCAGGAGGAGCACUACGGCAGCCUGCCGGCCUGCAGGGCAGCACCGGAGGAGCAGCGCAGGAAAGGCUCCGACCUGAGGAGGAGGCUGGCCCUGGCCCAGCAGUACCUGGCCCAGGCGUCCGAGGUGCUGCUGCAGUGCUUGCAGGUGGCCCUGGGCAACGGCCUCCUGGACAUCGCGGCGGCCGCCAGCCUGGAGAUGGUGGACUGCAUCGGCACCCUGGACCCUGCUGCCACCUGCCAGUUCCUGGCGCUGUCGCAGAGCUGCUCAGCCUCAGAGAUGAUGCGGGGUGUCCUGCUCACGGCCACGGCCAACACCAGCAGCUCGCAGCUGGCGGCCCUGCUGCAGCUCCAGCANAGACUGAAGAACAAAACGACAGUCGCCAUUCCCAUUCACGUGGGGCUGACCGUCCGGCUGACCGUCUGCCGAGAAGGUGGCCUGCCCAGCCUCCGGGGACGCACUGGUGGGGAGGGGCUCCUGUCAGAUGUGUAUGCGGCUCUCAGGAUCGUGUCUUCGGGGCCGGCCUGGGCCCCAGAGCUGGACUCCGAGCCCACUGUGCAUCUCGCCCGCAGGACCCGUCUGUACGGCGCUGCCUACGAGAGGCCGAGGCGCAUCCCUUCAGCCAAAGGGAGGGUGCUGCAGGUGGGGGGCUUCUGCAAGGUGGCGCGGGUGGCCGUGAGCCCAGCUGCCUUCUCCCGCCUGUUGGUCUGCACCCAGGAAUUCCGUGAGCAGAGCCAGGCAGAGGUGUAUAGAGAAGACGUGGCCCUGACCCCAGGCCUGACGCCUUCCGACCACAGGCUGUCAGGGCCGAGACAGGGAUGGGGGGACUCUGCGCAGCGGCUCAGCGACACCCUGCAGGCCCUGGAGGAGUACCUGAGGCCGCUGCUCCCCGUGCUCAGCUGCCCGGAGCCCAGAACACUGAGUCCCACAAUCAUUGCAGAUUUGGGGAAAUCGAAAAGCAAGGACAAGGAACGGAAGCUGUCGCUGCCCCUGGGUCUCAGGCGCGGCCACCAGAGGGGCCUGCCUGCCUCUGCGCUAAUGGACACCUGCCCUGCCUUGCCCCCUAACCCAACGGAGCUUAAAACAAGCCGCAAAGCAUCAAAGUAUUUCCAGCACUUUCCAGAGCCACAGGCCAGUGACAUGAGUUUACCCCAGGGACACCAGGUCCGUUCUCAGGAGAGCCGGCUGGACCAGCCAGCCAGGGAACCUGAGAGGCAGACACGGAGAGGGUCCCCCAUGGGCGUGAGCGCUGGCGUUGUCCUAGCAAAGAAGUGGGGUGUGGCGGGAGGACGGAACAGGACGGUGUUGGCUUCAACGGCACGUCCCGAGUGUGUCACCUGCAGCCCGCGGUGCCGAGGGCUUCAGGACGACGGGUCCUGGCUGCAUUGCCCUCGGACCCCUCCGCGCCCGGCUGGCCACCCGCACACCGGGUCACUCUCCCUGUGCAGCCAGGCCGAGUGGGAGCAGCUCCUGGGCAGCUGCGAAGGCUUCUUCUUCUACGGGAUGGAGAGCUUCCUGUCCCACGUGCUGGUGGAACGGUUGGCCGCCAUGAACCUAGAAGGUUGCCGCAUGAUGGUCCUGCUGGACCGCACCCGGUCCUACGAGAGCGCGCGGCGGCACACGGAGUCCUCGGAGAGCAAGAGUGCCGCCCAGCUGUCCUUGGAGGAGCCCGUGGAGACCGCCGUCCUUCUGAGCCUGGCAGGGGUCAGCAGCAUCCUGGCGAACCAGUGGCCGGCCCUCCUGCGGGACAACGCACUGCGGGCCAGCGUCCUGUGGGAAAAUCUGCUGACGGUUGGCAAGCCGACGGGGAGAGCGGUCCGUCUCCUUCAGAAGAUGGAAGCCGGCGUGAUGGCCAGACACGGUGAGGCUCCGGGGACCUUCAAGGACAGGCUGAUGUCCCUCCUGCCACAGCUGCAAGGCCCUGAGCGGCUCCCCAUCAGCCUCAACCUGGUGCUGUACGGGCUGCCAAACCAAGCCAUCGUGUGACAUCCAAGCCAUCGUGUGACAUCCCUCCGAACCCGCCGGGCCCAGCCCCUCCGCCACCCCGGGCUCUCCCAGCCCCCGUGCAGCCCGGCCCCACGCUUCUCCAGUGACCUGCUGGGCUGCAGCCCCUUCUGCCCGGGAGCCACCUGCCACCACCUGAGACACCCAGGACCGUCCCCUGCCCUGUGGUGGGGGCGCGUCUAUACCCAGGGGCCUGGACAGGGUCACCACCUCCCGGGAGCCCUCAGUAGCAGGCUGGGCCCUCAGAAGACAGUUCCUGGCUGAUGCAAACGCUGUUCCCUGGGACAGGCGCAUGGUUCCCGGACCAGGAUGCUUGGGUGGCGGGUUUGUUUUCUGUUCAGAUGCUCAAGUAAAUGAUUAUACCAAG